AUGAUGGCAGAGUGUGUUGAAGACUACUGGUAUGAAGAGAAUGAGCAGAUGAUCUGCGGUGUUAAAGUUCCCUCGAUUUUGGGAGAUUUCGUCGAAAAUUAUCCAAGUAUAGUUGAUCGUUUCUAUACCAAGUUUUAUCAUGUACCCAGUAAUAAGCCCGAUGAGCCGCAGCAAAUAUUGUUCCAUUCGAAUAGGAUUUGCUUGGUAGGCCUAGCCAAAGAACAUGCAGCCUUCCGGAAAGGAAUUCGCAGCGUUAGUUUUGAAGUAGGAAAGCUAGACAGAAGUGAGAACAAAGUUUCUGGCCGUAAGAAGAACGGCGGCAUGGUGUUACAAGCGGAUUCCACUCUUGCGCUAAUUACAUGUGAAGAUAACGUCGUUUACAAAGUACGUUCCUGUGUGCAAGGGAAGUUGAUUGAAGUGAAUAAUCGAAUUACUACUGAGCCAGAAAUAAUGAAAAUCGAUGAAGGAUACAUUGCAAUAGUGAUGCCGAAGCUGGAACAAUGUCAGGCGAUGAAAGAAAAAUUUCUGUCUCCCGAGGCAUACCAAGCCAUGCAACUGUGUUGAAAACUGUGCAGGCUAAAUAAAUCGCGUCCGU